AUGGUCCAGCUCACUGCCCUCGUCGCUCUCUCUCUCAACGCUCUCCUCGCGUCCAGCGCUUCCCUCGCCGCCCGCAAGGACUCCAAAACCCACGGUGUAACAUGUGGGUGUGACCUCAAGAAGAGCACCACCGUGUCGAUGCACCUGCCCACGAACCAAACUGCGCUUGUGCAGCCCACUACACCCCCGCGCUACGUCGCGAUCGGUGUCGGCUACCAAAACUAUACGUGCAACAGCGCUACCUCGACCUUUGCCUCGAUCGGCGCCGUGGCCACGCUGUUCGACCUGUCCUGCAUUGAGGGCAAGUCCGACUUUGAGACCAUCGCGCAGCGGUCUUAUAACGUCUGGAUAUCACCUGCUGAGGGCCACGCGAAGGCGGAUGUCGUUGGCGCGAAGGUCGGCACGCCUAGCAUCCUCGGGUACCACUACUUCAUCAACUCACCCACCACCGCGGGCGCGAUCAACGCCAAGUGGGACUUCACCUCGACCGGCUCGCACAAGGGCGACGCAACGGCCUUCGUCGUUGGCGCUAAGGUCGGCAACAUCCCCGCGCCCGCACCGGCGGACCCGAAGGUCACCGUCGACUGGCUCAUGCUCAACGGCAUCCCCGGGUUCGACGCGCUCGCGAGCCAGGUCUUCCGUGUAGACACCGUUGGCGGACAGCCGCCCGCAUCGUGUGCUGCCGGCGCUGCGCCGAUCCAGGUUAAGUAUGUUGCCAAGUAUUUCUUGUAUUGA